AUGUUAUUCAAACACUUCAUUCAACUAUUUCUUCUAUUUUCCAAAUUUUCUCUGCUCAACAGUCAGCUUUGUCCAUCAUCGGAUGCGCCAAAAGAUCUCGCUGCCGUAUCGGUUUGGUUAAAAGAUGGAAAUGGGACUGGAGAUGGGACUGGAGAUGUUUAUCGAAUCUCGGAUGAAGAUCUCACGGAUAAAGGAUAUGUGAGAAGCCCAAAAGAUCGUGACAAUUUCGUCGUAUUAAUGGCGCGAAGUGCGGGCGGUUGCGUGAAUGGAUGUUCGGCAAAAAUCGGCACCAAUCAACGCGACGACGGGCAGAUCAAUCAUUUGGAGAACAUUUUAGGAGCACCGUAUGGAUUUACGGAUCUUCACGAUAAUCUCUUCUGCGGGCGAACCCUGGGCGCAUGCGGGGCCGAUGUGCAAAUUUUCAAAUAUUUCCAAGGAAACGGAAAAGAUACAACCUUCGCCUACUCGUUGGAUCCGUCAGCUCGUUUCCCGGGGAUGACCCGAGAUUUAACGUUCUCUUGUUUCGGUUGGUCCGACGGCGGAAGUGUCGUUCAUCCAGCGGGCACCGAGCACAAUUGCAUGAAACUUCUGGACGUCGAGCACGGAAAGGUCCACUACUCGACGCCGGGCUCGGGCGCGUUCUCUCUCGGCACCGCUGCGCACACGAUUUGUGACUCUGGCUUUUCGGCUACAGGACAAACACAAGUCCUUUGCACGAAGAAGGGCUGGUUCCCGGCGUCACUCGGCGGAUGUGUGCAGCAAAGCGCUAAGCCUCGGGGUAUCUCUUUGUUGAAUGUGGCUGCAGCAGAUGGACCAAGCAUCACACACGGCUCUUCUGAGUGUGCUGCAAUCGGAAAAGUCUCGCAUGGAUCAUUGCUCUACUCGGCAAUGGCAAAGGAUGCUCGAUACCCAAACCUCAGCACCGUCACUCUGUUCUGCGAUCUCGCUUACGUGGCUGUUGGAGAGGUCACGUCAACUUGUAAACUUGGUCUCUGGAGUCCGCCAAUCGGCGAGUGUGUCUCCUCGUUGGAGAUUCAUUGUCAACCAAUGCUUGUGCCGUUGAAUGGCCGAAUCUCUUACUCAUCAUCGAAUGGUUCAAAGCCGUUGACUGAAGGAGCUUCUGCUUCACUCGCUUGUGAUCAAGGGUACAUUGUUCGUGGAGUUCAAAAUGUGAGCUGCCAUUUCCGGCAAUGGUCAAAUCUGAUCGGGAGUUGUGAAAAGCUAAACCCCAACGACACGGAAAUCCCAUUGACCGUGGUAAAGAGACAGAGCAACUGUCCACAAGUGAGCGCUGACAAUGGACAGAUCAUUUUGAAUGGCUUUGGCAAUCAACUUUCCGCGAAUCUCAACUGCAAUCUUGGUUUCGUUAUCCAGGGAGCCGGCGCGAGCUUCUGCCAGAAUGGAGCCUGGAUUCCGGAAUUGGGUAGCUGCGUCUCCGGCACGUCGAUAUUUGGAGUGAAUUCGGGGAAUGCUGGGGGUCAAUGCAUGGAUAUUCAACUAAUCACCGCCGUUGGAACGGUCAAUUACUCGAGUUCAGCUGCCAAUCAGCGCCCAUCCCUCUCCACAGCUUCAUUGAGUUGUCCAAGCGGUUUCUCGGCUCAAGGAGCACUAACAGCCACUUGCAACAAUGGAGUCUGGAUACCGACGACUUUAGGUGCGUGCAUCUCAUCAACGCUCGUCACCGCGUCUGUCACUUCGACAGUUUGCCCGAAUUUGGCUCUACUAAACGGCAAUCUCACCUACAGUACCCCGAAUCUAGACUCCACGAAACCGAUCGGCUCUCAAGUCUAUCUAUCCUGCAUUCAAGGGACAAACCCGGUUGGACCGACGCAAUCGAUUUGUCAAAAUGGUGGCUGGAGCCCGGCGCUAGGGAGCUGCCAGGGCUCUCCCAGCUUUACGAUAAGUCCCUCUUUGUGUCCCAGCCUUUUACCGCCACUUUUCGGCACGCUAAACUACAGCCAGCCGGGUCAAUUCGGCGCCUAUCCAACGGGCACAUCGGUUAGUCUGAAUUGCUCGACUGGAUCGGUUAUCGGUACUUCCCAAAGCGAGUGUUUGAAUGGCGGAUGGCAACCGGCCGGGUUCGGCUCGUGUCCGCUCACGACGAUCAACAAAGAUGCAAUAGGGAUUAGAACCAUCAGACAAACAGGCGGCCAAUGCACGGCGAUCACCAGUGCGACGGGAGGUACCGUAAACUAUUCGAACGGUCCAUUCGGCCCGUUCAACUCGGGCACCACCGCUAAUAUCACAUGUUUCUCCGGUUUCGUGCAAGGCUCUCAAUUCACCACUUGUACAAAUGGCCAAUGGAGUCCGCAGCUCGGCUUUUGCUCGUCUACGAGUAACCCCGGUGGUAGUGGUACCACGUGUCCUUUUGCACCGUUGAUCCCGAUGGGCGCCAAUCCGAUCUACUCGACUGGGAGCUCCGCUGGACCGUUUUAUAAUGGUGCCUCUGUGACGAUCACUUGUCCGAUGGGACAAUCGGUGAGCGGCUCAGCGAUAACGACUUGCACGAACGGCCAAUGGAGUUACUUGGGCACCUGUUCGACGAGUGGCACUGGAGUUGGUCAAUGUCCCUUCGCUCCACUCGCUCCUUUCAAUGGAAAUCUGAGCUAUCCCUCCUCAUCUUCGUCUCCUCCAUUCUCAUCCGGAUCCACGAUCAAUCUCCAAUGCUCAUCAUCGACUCGUGUCCUUGGAUCCAGCACCACAACGUGUCAAGCUGAAUCCCCUCAACGACGAGCUCCAGUCUCAUCAUGUCUCUCAAUGGCCAGUCCUCCGUCGUCGAAGAUCAAAUACUAUACAAAUUCCACGGGUUUUUAUUCAAAUGGUACCGUAGCCGAAUUGGAGUGCGAAUUGGGGUGGACGCCGGCGGGGGAUCGUUUAGCGACGUGUCUCAAUGGACAUUGGGUACCCGAGCGGAUGGGCGUAUGUAUACCGAGAAAUGUCGAGAAAAUCGUCGAAAAAUUGUGCUCAUUCCCGGUGCCACCGGUGCUGAAUGGGGAAAUCGGCUACUCGCAGAAAGAGGCUUUUGGCGGUUUCAUCUCGGGCACCCGGGCCAGCCUCAAGUGCAGUCACGGUUUUGAGGCACAAGGCAAUGUUGUAUCAACGUGUAUCUCGGGUAAAUGGAUUCCCUCAACAAUGUCUCCAUGUGAUCCAAGAAUGCCGGAAAUCUUUCGAAGUCCCGCCGAAAGAUCGAUAAAUGAGAAAAGCGUUGACGGGAAAUGUUCAGCGCUUCCCCUGAAAACUCAUUCAUCAAUAACCUACAGUAUUUAUGGAUUUGGACCUUAUGACGAGAAAACGGUGGCGACGAUCAGUUGCCAUUUGGGGACAUUGCUUGAUGGUGAGCCAUCAACACUAUGUAUAAACGGUGAUUGGACACCCAAACUUGGCGAUUGCAUCUCGCCGAUUAACGCGAUUUCGAAUCGAAUUCAAUCAGAUGUCGGGGAAAUUGAUCGAUCUGGAGAAGAGCUUGAAGAAUCAACGACAAAAAUCACCGAGUCUUGUUCUCCGCCGUAUUCGCCCGGAUUUGGAGAAGUGACUUUUUCUAAACCAAGCAUUGGUGGUGAGUAUCCUGAGGGAACGAUCGCCGCCCUUCGAUGCAAUAUGGGAUAUUUAGCCAAUGGCCCUACAUUUUCCCGUUGCUCUUUCGGCUCAUUCCGGCCGGUGCUCGGCGGGUGCACAUCGGAUUUGACGGUGAAAUCUGUCGAGAAAUGCUCACCCAUCAAAGCACCGCCGCAUUCAAAAGUUACUUAUAUCCAAUCAAGUCGAUCGGCCGAAUACGAGGAGGGCACAACGGCGUUGCUGUAUUGUGAUAUCGGUUAUCUCGUCGCCGGUCAGCCCUCGCUUGUUUGCUCGUCGGACGGUUGGCGGCCACUCGCCGGCUUUGGCACUUGUCAAAAGCCUUAUUCA